AUGUGGCUCAUCAAUACGACCACCAUCGAACUGGAAAGAGCCGACGCUGAGGAGUUGGAGUCCACUCCUUAUGCAAUCCUCUCACAUACAUGGGACGAUGGAGAAGUCACCUUCGACGACAUGAUGCAACCAGACAUAGCAAAGAAGAGGCGAGGCUAUACCAAAAUCAUGAAGACUUGUCAACUAGCAAAGCAGCGAGGGCUUGCAUAUGCAUGGGUCGACACGUGCUGCGUGGACAAGCGUAGCAGCGCCGAGCUAGCUGAGGCGAUAAACUCUAUGUUCCGAUGGUACCAGUGCUCAGCGGUUUGCCUUGCUCACCUCCAGGAUUUGGUACCUCACUCCGGUACAGGGGACGAUUCGCUCAGCGGCCUAUCAUCCUGUCGGUGGUUCACAAGAGGAUGGACACUGCAAGAGCUGAUUGCCCCGCAAAACCUCGAGUUUCAUGAUUCCGAAUGGCGCCAUAGGGGAACAAAAACAACGCUGCGACACCAAAUUAGCGAUAUCACCGGAAUCGAAGUUGAAGUGUUGGAGAAUAAUGCUUUCCUCGAGAGCAUACCAAUUGCGAAACGGAUGUCCUGGGCGGCAAGCCGAAGUACCACGAGAGUCGAAGAUCUCGCCUACUGUCUUCUUGGUAUCUUUGACGUUAACAUGCCAAUGAUGUACGGCGAGGGCACCAAGGCCUUCUCCAGGUUGCAGGAGGAAAUAGCGAAAGAAACGACUGACCUCUCCGUGUUCGCAUGGAAGGCUCAAGAGGAGACAGGCACGUCACCUCAAGACUUCCGAGGGAUCCUGGCCCAGUCUCCCGCCGAGUUUGCACACUGUCGAAAGCUUCGUCGGGCACCUAAUAUCAGGCAAGGCCAUGUCUUCACCAUGACUAACAGAGGUCUGAGACUGGAGACAUUUCUGGGUAAAAGUGAUGAUAUAGACUAUGUUCUGAAUCUGGAUUGCAUCAUACCCGAUGAUAGCGGCGGCGAGCAAAGGGUCGGCGUUUUCCUAUCCAAGACUGCGGAUGGCUACGUUCGAACUCGUCCUGCCGAGCUCUUCGAGACACAGAACUCCUGGAUCUGGGCUGGCGCUCGCCAUCAGGUCUUCAUCCGCAAACGGGUCACCCCCUUCGCUUCCUGGAACCUGAAGAAUCUCUCGGCAACGAAUCUCGCAUUUCAGUUCAACUUUAGCCCGGGGUUCCAGCUCCAUUCUUUCACAGCUAAGCCAGCCGACUUGUGGGACUCGCACCGGCAGUCAUUCAUCACGGACAAUAGUGAACGAUUCACUGGCUUUGUCGACUUUCAGAUUUCCGACACUUCAGAUAGCUUCGUCACCGCACGUCUCUUCAUCGUGUGCAGCCUGAUGGCACAACCUGGCGACGCAUCAGCGGGUUCUGUGAAGCCCUGGGUGGGCAUUUACGAUUCCCUGGACCAGGCAAGCUCAAAGAGGAUAGUGGACUCCAUCUCCGGCUACUACAGCUCGUACGGAGAAGAAUUCUACCUACACCAACUCCGGGGUGGCGCACUUAUGCACCCCAGUGGUUUGCCCCAUGAAACCAGCGUGCCUUCCAGUUAUCAACCCGGCCGCCUUUAUGUCUAUCUAGGAACUCCUCAAGGGUUAUAUUAA